AUGUCCAAAACAAAAACCAAGCGCGCGCGCCGCGAACUCAAACGCGAAGGCGACCGAAAAAUAAUGGCGCAUCACCGUAAAAUCGCAAAAGCAGCAGAAACCAAGCCCACGACAACAGCGACAGCGAAAGCAACAGCGACAACAGCAAAACACAAAUCCAAGAAACAAAAAACCAGCCACCAAACCAUCACCAGCACAACAUCCACCGCCACGACGCCAACACAAACACAAACACAAACACACCACCAACCCUCCCAACAACCCCCCAUCCCCUUCUCCCCCUACGACCACAUCCUCCUCGUCGGCGAAGGCGACUUUAGCUUUACCCACUCCCUCGCCGUCGCCCACGGGUGCGCAAACGUAGUAGGCACCUGCUACGACAGUUUGGAAGAAGUACGAGCGAAAUACCCGCGGUUCGAGGAUAUACGCGAGGAGUUGGAAGCGCUGACGCCGCCGGUACCGUUGCACUAUGGGAUUGAUGCUACGAGGAUUUCGGGGUACAAGGGGUUGAGGUGUAGGCGGGAUGAUGAUUUUGGGGUGGAUGAUGAGGAUGAGGAGGAGGGUGGUGAGGACGAGGAGAGCGAGGGGGGAGGGAGAAAUGGGAAGGCUGGGAAUGGAAGUGGCAGGAGAGGCAAACGACAAGGUUAUGACACAAUCGUCUUCCAAUUCCCCCACACUGGCGGUCUCUCCACGGAUCAAAACCGCCAAGUCCGCGCAAAUCAACACCUCCUCGUCUCCUUUUUCAAUUCCUGUCUUGAAACUCCUACACCAAAACAUCGUAUUGCACAACUUCUCGCCCAGUCACAAAAACUCCCGCCAUCAAAACCACCAUUCCUCCGCCCACACGGCAAAAUAAUAGUCACACUAUUCGAGUCCGACCCUUACACACUAUGGAACAUCCGCGACCUCGCCCGCCAUGUCGGCCUCAAAGUCGUGACGAGUUUUGCGUUUGACGCUUCGCAAUAUCCUGGUUAUGCGCAUGUGAGGACGUUGGGGGCAAUGGAGACGGGGUGGAAGGGUGAGGAUAGGAGGGCGAGGAUGAGGAGGAGGAGAUGA